CCCCGUCACGUGACCCCUGGCCAAUGCUGUGCCGAGAAGAGGCCAGCAGAGCAGUUCCGCUGUGAGAGAUCGGUGGGAGGAGCUCGAGCGUUUGGAUCUGCCUCAGAAUUGAGUUUACCGUGUGUGAAUAAAGAUGGCAGAUGACUUGAAGAGAUACCUUUAUAAACAGUUGCCUAGUGUUGAGGGACUUCAUGCUAUUGUGGUGUCUGACAGGGAUGGAGUUCCUGUGAUUAAAGUUGCUAAUGACAAUGCACCAGAACAUGCCCUGAGACCUGGAUUCCUCUCAACCUUUGCCUUGGCAACGGAUCAAGGAAGCAAGCUAGGACUUUCUAAGAACAAGAGCAUCAUUUGCUAUUACAAUUCCUACCAGGUUGUUCAGUUUAAUCGGUUGCCUUUGGUGGUCAGCUUCAUAGCCAACAACGAUGCUAACACAGGAUUAAUCGUCAGUUUGGAGAAGGAGCUGGCACCAUUGUUUGAAGAGCUGCGCCAAGCUGUGGAAGUUUCAUGAACUGCAGACUCCAGAAAAUACGCCCAUUGCCUUGAACAUUGUGAACUUACUGGCAAGUUGUUAGGCAGCAUAAUUUACAAAAUUUGUACAUUAUGAUAUCUUAAAAAGGUAACUUGUCGAGUUAAUGCUGCUGAAAUUGAGUCUAAGAUUGUGCAUGGCUUUCCUGCAACAUCGACUGGCUAUUCCUUUGCUCAACAGCUGUGCCAGCUCAGAGUUCUGAUUUCCUUUAGGUGCUCCCAGUCAAUUUGUAUAUAAAAUAUAAUUUGUGCAAGUUAAUACUGCUUCUAGUCUCUGAAUGUCAUGAUGCAUUGGCUUAUUUUUGGAGGCGCAGUGUAGGGAAGAGAGAACCAAGGCUGUAUUUAAAUUAUUAUGGUAUAUAAAUUGCAUUUGCUUUUCUAGAUUUCAUGUACAAAGUGAAGGUCUCAGUCAUUUAAAGCUGUUGGUAUAAUUUCAGACUUGUUCUUUUCUGAUUCUGAGAUCUUGUUAUUAAAUCCAGAAUCACAGUCUGUAGGAGACCAGAGUCCAAUACAGUUUUGAAUUAAACAAAGUCAUCAGA